AUGGACCCCGUCAGUUUUGCCGUCGGUAUUAUCAGCUUGGCAGGUCUUUUCUCUACCUGCCUCGACGUCGUAGAUCGAUUUGGGUCCUUCAAGGAAUUUGGCAAUGAAUCGCGCGCGUUGAAUGCCCAAUUCAAAGCUCAAAAGCUGCGAUUAGAAAGCUGGGGUCAGGCUGCUGGUUUUCAGGGAAAAUUAUUGGAAAAACAUAACAGGCUUCUUGACGAUCGACGGAUAUAUGCUACUGUUGAGGAGCUACUGUUGGCAAUCAAGGCAGUUUGUUCCUCUGAAGAUGAUUCCCUUCAAGUUGAUCCCUCUCUGUCUCCAACGGAGGGCAAGUCUUUCAAAGAUCAAGUAUGGCCGAGACAUGGGCGGAAUGCUCCACAGGAGUCGAAGAGAGCAAAGCUUGGUUGGGCCUUACGGAAUAAGGCAAAGAGAAUGGCGCAGGUGAGACAAUUUUCUACACUCGUAGAUAAUUUGCAUAGCCUAGUUCCAACGGAUGGAAGUCGAGGCGACCAUAACUUGCAUGUGUUGAGAUAUGGGGAAUCUCAGGCUGCUCAAAGCGAUCAUCAUCAUACUACGUUCUUGUCGGACGAAUUCAAGUUGCCCGAUCGGAAUGAUUGGACUACGGAUUUUGCAAGAAUUCUGAACAAAAUAGAGACUGAUAUUGAGGACGAAAUAAAACGUGACCUCCACCCUUGGCUACUGGCAUCUUAUUCACAAAAUGAGCUAUUUGAAAUAUCAGUAGCGAGGAGGCUUGACGGAACCUGCGAAUGGGCGUUGACUCAGUCUUGGUUCCUUGAUUGGGCUACUCCUGAUUUCCCCGAUCAGAGUGCAAAGGUGCUAUGGAUCAAUGGACCCGCCGGUUUUGGAAAAUCCAUACUAUGCGCUAAGAUAAUUGAGCAACUAGUCUCCACCUCUUCGUCGCCAGUUGCCAACUUCUUCUUCUCGUCGGACUUUGAAACAAGGCGAGAUCCGUUUUUUGCGAUGCGGGCCUGGAUUUCCCAGAUGAUUUGUCACGAUGAAGUAUUCGCUUUGACGCGGCAAAGUGCUUCGGCAAGUCAAGGUCGACAGUCAACUCGUGGGGGUAUUGUGCGACUUUUGAAAGAGAUAGUUACCACUGUACCAUCCUGCACAUUCGUUAUUGAUGGCCUCGAUGAGUGCGGAUGCGUUGUUGAAGGGCGUAGGAAUGGCGAUAAUGAUUCAGUCCCUGAAUUUCUGGAUACUUUGAUGAGCACAAUAUCAGGUACCCCCACACGACUCUUGAUCGUUAGUAGGGAUGAACCUGAUAUCCGCAAUUCUCUCUCAGAUAACAUAGCUGGCAUCAAACUCACUCGCCACAAGAUUUCCCCUCAAGAUGUACGAUCUGAUACAGAGAUAUUCUCGAGGAGUAUUGUUGACAAAAAGUUGUCAAAUCGAAAUGAAAGUACCAAGGAUGAUAUAACCACGAGGCUAGCUGAUCACUGUAAUGGGCAGUUCCUUUGGGUCAAAAUGCAGGAGGAAUGUCUACGCAGUGGGAAGAGUCAGAAGCAAAUUGAGCAAGCGAUCACCUCGACACCUCCUGGCAUUGAACAUACGUAUGAGCGUAACUGGGUGACAAUAUCAGGUUUUACUGACCAAGAUCGUAAAAGGACUGUUUCGCUGUUACGUUGGAUAGCUUUCGCCUUGCGUCCACUUACAGUCAAUGAGAUUACCGGUGCAUUACUCAUCAAUGAAGAUGAUGAGGGUGUUCAAAGAGACGAAUUGCCAGACAGUAUCGAUGAGGAUUAUAUUAAUACAGAAAUACUCAAUCUUUGCGGUUCACUGGUUGAGAUCCGAGUACCCCAAAAUGAGCAUCGACCUGGACUCAAAACGUUGCAUCUGGCUCACUUUUCAGUCAAACAAUAUCUUCUCACGAUUCUUCCAAAUCCUGGGAAGAUAAUGCAAUUCAAUUCAACCUUUGAUGCUUCAGCAGAGACAGUGCACAGUACCUUACUCGCAACCACGUGCCUUCGCUUUGUGAAUAGUGAGGAUUCUUGGGCAGAAGAAUCCGAGGAAGAUGUGAACAAUACAAUCAUUGAUUUUCGAAGCUAUGCUUCUUUUUCAUGGUACAAGCACGGUUCGAUGGGCAAUCGGACUGACAGCGAGUAUCUACGACUUGUCAAUAAGCUUUUUGAUAUGGGAAAUGCCAACUGGCGUUCUUGGAAGCGUUGCUUCGAUUUGAACGAUGAGUUGAAUGUUGAAGAGGAAGCUUUAAUCGAAAAGUCUGAGCACAGCGAUGUUGGGUCUGUCCAUUCCAUUGUAUCAAAUGUAUCAGAUAGGCCAGUCAGAGCUGCAGUAUCUUCCGUCUUUCCGAUAUACUACGCAGCGCGGCUUGGCUUAGUGGAAAUAAUGGAUCGGUUACUCAUUGGCAACAAGCAAGGGAUCAACGAGAAAGGAAAAUCUGGUGAAACGCCAUUGGCAGUCGUCUGUAGAAUGGGAGAUCUGCAAAUUGCCCAGAAAUUACUGGCCAACGGAGCUGAUAUAGAAACCGUCGAUGAUAUUGGUGAUACACCACUCAGUAUCUCAGCUCUAAAUGGACAUCUUGAAAUUGUGAAGCUACUUCUUGAGCAAGGAGCUCUUCCUCAACCUUAUAUCGUUGGUUUGCGGACGCCCCUUCAUGGUGCGUCCUAUAAUGGGCACCUUGAAGUCGUGAGGCUUCUUCUUCGGAAAGGAGCCGAUCCUACGCUGAACACCGUUAAUCUGCUGACGCCCCUUUAUUGUGCUGCUUUGAAUGGUCACAUUUUGAUUGCUCAAACUAUUCUCGACUACUGUCUUAACAUUGAAACUCACACUCCGCAGGGGUGGACUCCUCUCCAUGGCGCCGCGAGUAAUGGACACCUUAAAAUUGUGAAGCUGCUUCUUGAGAAAGGUUUCGAUCCUGAAUCAAGGAACAUUGAGUUGUCAACGCCUCUUCAUUUUGCUGCUGUGGAUGGGCACCUUGAGAUUGUGAAACUACUUAUUGAUAAAGGAGCUGAUCUUCAGUCAAAAAAUAAGAAUUUGACCACGCCCCUUCAUAACGCGGCAGAAAAUGGCCAUCAUAAAAUCGUGGAGUUACUUCUUGAGAAGGGAGCUGAUCCUCAACCAAAAAAUUUUCAUCUGCAGACGCCGCUUCACUUUGCCGUUGCAAAGGGACACAUCGAAAUUGUUCAUAUGCUUCUCGAUCGAGGUGCUGACUACACAGCUCCCAGCAAGACGGGGUGGAGACCAUUUCAUAUCACCGCUCAAGUUGGCGUGUUGGAACUUCUUCAGCUUUUCCAUGACCGCGGGGUUGAUAUCAAUAUCCCGACCCACAAAGGAGAAACUGCUCUAGAGAUAGCGAUCAUUACAGGUCAUGCUGAAAUUGCCAAAUUCUUGAUUGAGAAGGGAGCGAACCUUGAGGCUUGUGGCCCUGAUUUAGAAACACCAUUGAUCUGUGCUGUAUUGAUGGGUGACUUGGAAAUUGUGCGUAUACUUAUUGAAAAGGGAGCCAACAUAGAGCACCAGACUCGAUUUCAAGUGACACCCCUCAGUUGCGCCGCUAAGAGAGGCCAAGCAGAGAUAGUUCAAAUGCUCGUCAAUUCUGGGGCAAAUAUCGAUACUCCGAACAUGAAAGGCCAGGUACCCUUACAUCUAGCCAUAGUCCAGGGGCAUACAGAUAUUGUGAGGAUUCUUCUUGAGAACGGUGCAAAUCACGCAGUUAGAACCAAACGGGGGUGGGCCCCAAUCGGUGCAGCCUCAUGGAUUGGGGAUACCGAGGUCAUCAAAAUACUACUAGAGAGCGGAGCCAAUGUGGAAGCAAGAAGUACUAAGUUGAGGACUCCAUUGCAUCUUGCUGCACUUUCUAAUAGUGUUGGGAAAACGACCCUAAUCCUGGAGAAAGAACCAAAUCUCAAUGCCCUGGACUCUUAUGGAUAUACACCAUUGAUGAUUGCUAUAUUUUCUGGGUAUUUGGAAAUUGCCAAGCUUCUACUUGAAAAGGGAGCGAGCUAUCAAACCGAAGAUAAUCUUAGGCGAACGACGGUCUUCGCAGCUUCCGAGUAUAAUCAGGUCGAGAUACUCAAGUUACUACUGGCCCAAGAACCUCCGCCCAGCUUGACGAAGGCAGACGAGCUCGGCGCGACCCCUCUUGCUAAGGCUUCGCAAAAUGGUCAUUCAGAAAUUGUCAAGAUAUUGCUUGAUAAUGGGGCGGAUGUCUCCUUGGAAACUCCAAACCAUGAGUACAUGACGCCCCUUUACAGUGCUUGUCUCCACGGUCAUAUUGAAGUGGUUGGGAUUCUAAUUAGCGAAGGAGCCAAUAUUUCAACUGGUACUAUGUAUGACGAAAUGCCUUUGACUGUAGCCUCGUACUACGGUGAAACGGAGAUUGUCCGCUUGCUUCUUGCCAAUGGGGCAGAUAUCAACCAGUCAACAAAUUCCAGGGGGACCCCCUUGAAUAACGCAAUGUGUAAAGGGCAUGAUUCCAUAGCGUUGCUUCUCGAACAUGGGGCCGACCUUCAUAUAGCAAAUACCCAUGGCAGGGUACCUCUUCAUACCUCUGUGCGACGUAGCAACGUGGAAUCAACUGAAUUGUUAUUCCAACUUGGAAAACCCGACAUUGAAGCUCGAGAUUUAACUGGUCGAACGGCUUUAUUUCAUGCUACUGAAUUGGGGUUCUUGGACCAAUUGAAAUUAUUGAUUUCAAAAGGUGCCUCGAUAGACGCCAAAGACAUUUACGGUGCCACUCCUCUCAUGGCUGCUGUACGAAAUGGCCACGAAGUAGUUGUACAAUACCUCCUUUCUGCAGAAAAUUCACCCGACACGCAGGCUAAGGAUUGUUGGGGUCGAACCCUUCUGUGGUGGGCUUUUGGAAGCGAAUGCGACGAGGUCGUCGAACUUGUGCGACAGCAUACCGUGUCUACAAGCACUAGAGACCUAGAGAGAUCCCCGACUGAUCCAUGCUCUCUAGUUAAGUAUGACAAAGACCUUGAUUGGUGCAAUGUGUGCACCCGUGCCGUGACGAUGAAAGAAUUCCACUGGAAGUGUACUGCUUGCUUUGAGUUUUCAAUUUGCUCGCAGUGUGUUGGUUUUGGGGCUGAGUGUAUGGAUCCUUCGCAUACUUGGGAUAUGAAAGAUCGUGACAUUCAGACUGACACUGAGUCCGAAGCUGAUGAGUCUGAAUCUGAGAAACCCGAGGAUGACUUGAUUUGA